CACUUUCUAUCUUUUUGGCAGGUGAAAGAUGCCAGUGAUCAAUAUCGAAGACCUGACGGAAAAGGACAAGUUGAAGAUGGAAGUUGACCAGCUCAAGAAAGAGGUGACUCUGGAAAGAAUGCUGGUAUCCAAAUGCUGUGAAGAAGUCAGGGAUUAUGUUGAAGAAAGAUCUGGAGAGGAUCCACUAGUAAAAGGUGUCCCAGAGGACAAAAAUCCCUUCAAGGAGCUCAAAGGAGGCUGUGUGAUUUCAUAAGGAAAAAAAUCCUUGCAGUAUCUUGAAUGUUAAUGACCAUGUGGAUUUUCCUCUAUGUAAGAAUACUAUUAAGCACAUGCAUGUAUUUUUAAAUUUAUAAAAGUAAACUUUUAAUAAAAAUUGG